AUGAUCAUUCUCUCAUUGUUGCAGUUGCUGUUUGGAUCCAAUGCCACAGUUGCAGUGCAAGAUCCAACCUUUCCUGCUUAUGUCGAUUCGAGCAUCAUAAUCGGGCAGACCGGUGAAUACAUGAGGCACAGCGGUAAGUAUGGCGGGAUCGAGUACAUGAAAUGUGGGCCGGAGAACAUGUUCUUCCCCGACUUCACGGGUGUUUUGAGGACCGACAUUAUCUUCUUCUGCUCCCCUAACAAUCCGACCGGCCAUGCCGCGUCCAGGGAGCAGUUAGAGCAGCUGGUGGAGGUCGCGACCAAGAACGGUUCGAUCAUCGUCUAUGAUUCUGCUUAUUCUGAUUAUAUUUCAGACGAUAGUCCUACUUCCAUUUAUGAAAUCCCCGGCGCUAAAGAGGUAGCCAUAGAGAUCUCAUCCUUCUCCAAACUAGCUGGCUUUACCGGUGUCCGACUCGGAUGGACCGUGGUGCCUCACGAGCUCUCGUACUCCAAUGGCUUCCCCGUGCACAAGGACUUCGACCGCAUCAUUUGCACCUGCUUCAACGGCGCAUCCAACAUCGCGCAAAGAGGGGGCCUAGCAUGCCUCUCCAAUGAAGGUCGCGAGGCUACGAAGAACCUGAUCGGAGUUUACAAGGAGAAUGCAAGGGUGUUAACUGACACAUUUGCCUCGAUGGGUCUCGAGGUUUAUGGGGGGACUAAUUCUCCUUAUGUUUGGGUUUACUUCCCUGGAAGGAAAUCUUGGGAUGUGUUUACCGAAAUCCUUGAGAAGACCCACAUAAUCACUGUGCCAGGGACUGGCUUUGGCCCGGGAGGUGAAGGGUUUAUCAGAGUUAGCUCAUUCAAUAGCACAGAGUAUGUCCGAGAAGCAUGUCACAGGCUCAAAAACUUCCUCGGACGAUAUUAA